ACUGUGUUAUUGCACAGUAAUAUUCGGGGUGGCGCGCCUGUCGCCUGUGUUUGGCUGCUCGGGGCUCCUCAACAGAGAUGGCAAUAGAGUCGUAGCAGACGGCUCGGCCUGACAGGCACAGCGGCUGUGCGUUUCACCAGUAACCCUGAGACCCGCAGACACACUGGGAGUCGGGAAGGAGCGGAGCAGCUGGCACGGGUGCACUAGUGUUCCUGUGGUCCACACUUGCUUUGGACAUUUUGGAGUCUGCUUGUCCUGCACGUCUUUGGACUGUGGAAGGGCAUGAUUACCUCGAGGACACUUAGAGCAACCAUGGGACACGGAGUGGGCUGAACCAGAGGGUCUAGCAACACACACCAAUCGUUUCCACUGUGGUGUAUGACAUGGCCACGGCCUCAUCUAGAGCAGAGUCUAGCCAUAACCACGGAGGAACGUCACAGCUCUAUGCCAUCGUUUCCUGUGCCAAACUCAAAAGGAAGAAGAGCCUGUUUGGGGCGGCCAUCUAUGUGGAGGUAACAGCCGAGGGGGAGUCGCGGCGCACAGCAAAGUCACACAGCUCCUCCAACCCCAAGUGGGACGAGAGGCUCACUCUGAAUGUAACACCGCACACACAGGUGGACUUCAAGGUAUGGAGCCACCACACCCUGAAGGCAGAUGCUCUGCUGGGCAAAGCCACGCUGGACCUCCUGCAGGCGUUGGACCAGCAUGACAGAAAACUAGAGAAUGUGAAGGAGGUGUUGAAGCUGAGUGUGGAGCAGAAGGGAGCUCCAGUGCCCACAGGAGAGCUGACUGUCUACCUGGAUGGACUGACUGUCUCUGACCGGGAGGCGCUGACACCGAUCACCAAUGGCAAUGCAACAAACGCCACAAAAGUUCAACAGAACGGUGAUGCCAUCCAUGAGAAUGAAGGAGACUCUUCCUCCUCUUCCUCAAGGGCUGCGAACAGCACGGUGAACGGUACGGACUUGGGCCAAGGCUCAGGCUCCUGUUCCGCUUCCAACGGUGUGGACAGUCAUGCGCCUUCCGACUCCUCCAGCCCCGCGCCCGGACCCCUGGUCAAUGGAGACACCACACCCAACUCCACCCCAGUCCACCAACCCCCAGACAGUGACACAGAGACUAGAACUGUCAAUGGGGAAUCCUGCAACGCUGCUCUCAGCCCCUCUCCUGCUGCAACAAGCGACGCGCUGCCCCCAGCAGACAACCUAGAGGACUGUAGCCAAGAUGCCGCUGUUCCAGACUCCAGCACGGCGGCAGAUAGCACAGCUGCAGCCCUCACCACCUCUUCCUCCACCAUGGCUCCAGCCUCCUCUUCUGCUGCUAAGCCUAAUGACGGUGCUGCUGCUCCCUCCACUUCCACCUCUCCAGCCCAGGCAGUAACCACCGCCGCCACAACCACCAUCACCACCACCACCACAGCCUCCUCGUUGUCCUCUUCUUCCUCUUCAGCUCUGGGAGAGGCAGCAGCCUCAGGAGCUGGCAGUGGCAGUGGUAGUAGCAGUGGAGCUGUAACAACGGAUGGGGCCAAGCCUAGGCAGCAGGCCCCCAACGCUGGAGCCUCCGAUCCACUACCACCAGGAUGGGAGCAGAGGAAGGACCCACAUGGGAGAACGUACUAUGUAGACCACAACACGAGGACUACGACCUGGGAAAGACCACAGCCACUGCCACCAGGCUGGGAGCGACGGGUGGACGACCGUGGCAGGAUCUACUACGUGGAUCACAACACCCGAACCACCACUUGGCAACGUCCCACCAUGGAGUCGGUCCGCAAUUUUGAGCAGUGGCAAAGCCAGCGCAGCCAGCUGCAGGGAGCUAUGCACCAGUUCAACCAGAGAUACCUCUACUCCGCCUCCAUGAUGUCUGCUGAGAAUGAUCCGCUGGGCCCGCUGCCUCCUGGUUGGGAGAGGCGAGUGGACUCCAAUGACCGAGUGUACUUUGUCAACCACAACACCAAGACAACGCAAUGGGAAGACCCCCGAACACAAGGGCUACAGAAUGAAGACCCUCUGCCUGAAGGUUGGGAGAUUCGGUACACAAGGGAAGGGGUCCGCUAUUUUGUGGAUCACAACACCCGAACAACCACCUUCAGCGAUCCACGCACCGGAAAGUCCUCUGUCACUAAGGGCCCUCAGAUUGCCUAUGAGCGCAGCUUCAGGUGGAAGCUUGCCCAUUUCCGCUACUUGUGCCAGUCCAAUGCACUCCCCAGCCAUGUGAAGAUCACGGUCUCCAGACAGACCCUGUUUGAAGACUCUUUCCAGCAAAUUAUGGCCCUGAAGCCUUACGACUUGAGGAGGAGACUCUAUGUCAUCUUCAGAGGGGAAGAGGGACUAGACUAUGGUGGUUUAGCCCGGGAAUGGUUCUUCCUGCUGUCCCACGAGGUGCUGAACCCCAUGUACUGUCUGUUUGAGUAUGCCGGCAAGAGCAACUACUGUCUGCAGAUCAACCCAGCCUCAACCAUCAACCCUGACCACCUCUCCUACUUCUGCUUCAUCGGACGCUUCAUUGCUAUGGCACUUUUCCAUGGGAAGUUCAUUGACACGGGCUUCUCCCUGCCUUUCUACAAACGCAUGCUGAACAAGAAGCUCAUCCUCAAAGACCUCGAGUCCAUCGACCCAGAGUUCUACAACUCACUCAUCUGGAUCAGGGACAACAACAUUGAAGAGUGUGGUCUGGAGAUGUACUUCUCUGUGGACAUGGAGAUCCUGGGGAAGAUCACCUCCCACGACCUGAAACCCGACGGCACAAAUGUCCUAGUCACCGAGGAAAACAAAGAGGAGUAUAUCAGUCUGAUGGCAGAAUGGAGGUUCUCCCGUGGGGUCGAAGGUCAGACCAAGGCUUUCCUAGACGGCUUCAAUGAGGUGGUUCCCCUCCAGUGGCUCCAGUAUUUCGAUGAGAAAGAAUUGGAGGUGAUGCUAUGUGGCAUGCAAGAGGUGGACCUGCAGGACUGGCAGAGGAACACAGUGUAUCGUCACUACACCAGGAACAGCAAACAGAUCAUCUGGUUCUGGCAGCUGGUGAAGGAGGUGGACAACGAAGUGCGACUGCGCCUCAUGCAGUUUGUGACCGGGACCUGCAGACUGCCCCUGGGUGGCUUUGCUGAACUCAUGGGGAGUAAUGGGCCGCAGAAGUUCUGCAUUGAGAAGGUGGGGAAAGACACCUGGCUUCCCCGGAGCCACACAUGCUUUAACCGGCUGGACCUGCCCCCUUACAAAAGCUUUGAACAGCUGAAAGAAAAGCUGCUCUUCGCCAUUGAGGAAACAGAAGGAUUUGGCCAAGAGUAGAGCAAGAGGAGUCCUCCUGCAUCCCUCCUCCUUCCCCUACCGCUGUUGAUCCAGCCAAGUAAAACAAACAAAAAAGGAAGAAUUGCACAGUUAACUACCAAUGUAUAUAAGCUAUUUUAUCAUUUUAAACCAAAUCUUAAUUCGCAGCAGUGUUUUUGCCGCAUUCCCCCAUUCCCUGAACCUUAUAUAUUAUAUUAUACCCCGUCAUGACAUAUGCAAGCAUUUCAGCAUUUCCCCCUUCGUUUUAAAAACGGGAAUCAUUGCUGAUUAUAUAUAUAUAUACAUAUAUAUAUAUUUUACCGCCCCCCCUCCUGGCUGGGUUUUUAAAAGGAGACUGAAAGUGUUCUUGAGAGGAUUUUUUAAUAGUUGAAGCAAAAUCUUCUUUUACGGCUCUAGUUCUAUAGAGCUUUUAAAGGGUGAGUGUAGCGUCGGGGUCCUGUGCCUGAGAUUUUUUUUUUUUUUUUUUUUUUUGGACCCUUAGUAAUUGUUGCAAUUCUUGCUGCGCGCUUGCAUGACUGCCUCUGAAGAAGAGGAGACUGCUGUUCUCUCUCUUUCUCUCUCUCUCUCUCCCACACACACACACACAAACACAAAGUCAUUUAAGCAUGGACAGCUAAAUCUCUGUCAGUAUUACUGUCAUCAUCACCAUCAUCAAAAGUGACCAGUGUUCUGGAUGGACUAAUCUUUUCGCCAGCCUCUUCAGCUCCUGCACAAAGAUAGAUAUUGGAGAUGGUCCUUUUGUUUUUUUUUCCCAACCCAUUGUAUCACUGACGCCGGCCUUAAGUGAGAAACAUCAUCUAGUCCUCUUGUUUGGACAGAAACACUGCUUAAUAAUAUUUUUUUAAAAAGCGCCUCAAACGUGGACCGCUCUCACAGCUUACAGGGCUGCAGAGAAUAUGACCCAGCCCUUCUCCCUGAGGAUUAAGUGUGCAUAGUGCGUGGUGUGUGCGUGAUUGUGUGUGUCUGUGGUGGCAGUGGAGUUCAUGGUUGAGGCCAGGAGAUGGAGGAAGCUUCAGCAGCGACAGGAUUAUGUCAAGAGACACUGAGCAUGUUCCAGGCCACCUAGACUGCAGCCAGCCACCAGAUCUCACAGCAGCAGGAUAGGUGAAGGGCUCCAGCUGGCAGUUCAAACCAGGGCGACUCUUUUGCAACUGCAUGGCAAGUCUUCAUUUGGUCUUGGUUUCCAGUGGCAGGUUUCCUUUCGGACAGUCACUUGUGUGGGAAAGAAUCACUGCUCAAAAGACAAAUAAACAGAUUUUUGGUAAACUAUUAGCAUAUGCAUCACUCCUUCCUGAUUGCCGCUCUCCUCUAUUGAUCUCUGGCACUGUCAGCAGCCCUGUGCAUCAUAAUUAUGAUUUACAUGACAGGAAAUGUCACCACAUUCACUCCUAAAGCUAGCAAAGAUCUCUAACUUAAAAUAAGAAAAAAAAAAAAAAAACCUGCACAAGAUGUUAGUACAACAUCCUUAGAUUGCGCAUUGAAUAUCACUCCCACUGUAUCAUGAAUUACACCGGAUGAAAAUAGGGAUUUUGAAGAACAUAUGAAAAGUCAAAAACUGUUGAUGGCAGAAUGGAGUGUUGGACUGUUGAAUGAAAUCAAAUUGUAUUUGGCAAUUUCACUGAACAUGUUAAUUGCCCACAGUUUUUCCCAACAAUUCACUAACCAGUCUCAAAUCCAGCUCUGCAUACAUACACAGCACCAAGAAAUAAAACUGAACUUUGGUUUUGAAUGACUCAACUGCACAGACAUUACAGGAUGGGAACCGGGCACGCAAAAGCAAAUAAAAAUUUGACACCCUUUUGGGCCAGUCCACCAUCAAAUCUAAUGUGAGCUGGCCCUGAACCCCUGUAGCCUGAAGAGAUGUAAUAAAAAGUGGCCCCCCUCAUACAUGGUGUGUAUGUGAUAUUUGGCUGCUGACUCAACAGCAUGACUGCAGUGUAGGUGAACUGGAACUUGCCUUCUCAAGCCAUAGUGCUGCACCUUGCUUCUCUUCUUCCCCAAGAUGAUAUUUAGACUAUUUAAUUUAUGAAGCCCAUGUUCAAUGUCUUUACCUUUUCUUGUUCAGAGAUGAGGUAGCCUUAGUAUAAUUACAUUUUUUGUACAAAUAAGCUAAGUGGCGGCUAUUAGCAGAAAACAAAUCCUAGGCUAAUUCACAUGCAAAUGAUCAUGAAGCUCUGCUGAUAGAUUCUGUGGUGUACGUCAUUCCAGGGCAGCAACUCUCUGCAGUUCAGUGUCUGCACAGCAGCAAGCUCGAUAAUGCAUUGCUCUGCUCUUUCCGCCUUCCCCCCGAUCCUUGCUGAUUUUUUUGCUUUAAUGCUUAAGGUGACAUGCGUUCUCCUUCAAAAUGUGAAGUCUCUAACUCCGUUGUUUCUGACCACAACUGGUGCUUAUUUGUUCGGGUGGUCUAAAAUGAUAUAAAAGCAAGAAAAAAAAGCAGUGGCAGGCCGUUCUUCACAUUUCCUCUAGCUUUGUGCGCUCAGACCACUGCAAGCAGAAACAGACUAUUUUAGGCUUUCAAGGAGGAGCUUGUGAUCAGUCAAGUUGUCAGUCAUGUAUAUAACAUCUAUUCAGCUGUCCCUGUGGACGAGAUGUGGAGGGAGGGACAAAAAAAAACAAGAGUAGAGGAACCUUAAUUGUGGCAAAAGGAGCCAACUCAUGAGAGAAGUCAAAACUGCAUAAUGUUGUGCUUCCUUUUGAACAAAAAUCUGUAAUCAAAGAAAAAUCAACUGUGUAUGUGAAUAUUCAUUGUAUAAAGAAGAUGAAAGUAAGUAAAGUACUUAAUUAUUAUAAUUAGUUACACAGAGCCACCGUUCCAUUGAUGGAAAUCUGUGAUGCCUUUGUUCUUAUCAGAAAUAGCAGGGGACGUUUCAGGUUGCCUUCACUGUAGCCACUUGCUAGUUUGAGUCCAUACCUUAAAAACAAAGGCCAUUCACAAUACUGUAUAUCAGUUCCAUAUCUAACGAUGCACCAUGCAGCUGAAGCCUGUGCUGGCUGCGGUUUAGGCAAUCUGAAAUGUACUCAGACUGUAACAUAUCGCGUGUAGAUACACACUGUAAACACCAACUACACUGUACAGAAUGCCCCUUUACUGGAGACGAUGUGUAUAAAAGAUUCAUUUUUAAUCUGCUUUGACCCAUUUUAAUGAAGAGAGUUGGAUUUAUGAGAUAAAAAUAAGUGAAUAAAGCCCCCAUGCUCUCCAUAUGCUUUUCUGUUGUGAGAAUCAUGGGGGAUGAGAGGCCUUCUGCUCAGGAUU